AAAAAUACUGGAUAAAAAAGAAUGUCCCGAAAGUGUUUCGAAGGUCACGAGAGUACAUUCAGACCGCCAGAUAUACCGAGAUAACCGUUUUCCAUCGCCGAAAUUACACCCGAGGCUCGGCGAAUCGAGAUCAAGUUCAAGCUUCGAGGAAAGGUCAAAGUCUGCCGCUCUCCUCGCGGGAAGAGAUGAGGCAAAGCCGGAGUUAAAGGCGGGUAAGAACAGGACUAGGUUAAAGCUCAGCUUGAGCGACAGGAUAAAACCUUCAAAGAAGAUAUUGCGAGGCGACGGUGAUCAUCUCGAGAAAUCUCCGCAUAGACGGUGGAGAAAAGGUGGAAGAGAGCUCCGCGACAAAGGAAGCAACUCGACUCUCGAUGUGACCGGAAGUGAGAAAACAAAGUUGUCGAGGAACGAUUCGUUUCUGAAGAGACUCGUCAAAUCGUCGAGGGAAAAUAUAACCGAGGGUUGCGAGCGGCUCGUUAGAAACAUCCAAAAAAGUCCUUUGCUCCUCAGGAAGAAGUUAUCGAGCAAAAGUUCGGACAGCUUGGGUAGCGCGCACAGCGAGGAGAGGCCGGUGCCUCCGCUCAGGAGAAAACGUUCCCGAAAAAGACCCUUGGGCGACCAAGGAUUGACAAAGGACUCGCUGAGGAGGUCGAAUUGGUUGAAGGUGCAGAAGGCGAAUCGAGAGGACGCGGAAAAUUCGGUUAACGAAGGACCCGCCGAAGCCGAGGGGAGACACGAGGGCGAAGCCGAGGCGGAAAAUCGUCAAAACGAUCCGGAGGAGCAUCCCGGUUCUCCGCGUAUCGCGGAUCCGGGAAUACCGAGGGUUCCGGUUCUCACCGGUUUCUCACCCGGCACCAGCAGGAGGCUUCUGCAGGAGGAGGAAAGCCACACCAGUUCGCAAAGCGUCUCCGUCGAGGACGUCGACGACUUGAUAAGGUCCGAGGACAACUUCAGAUUACUCGAAGAACGCGCCCGGCUGCGAAGGAGGUUGGAAAAAUUUGGGAGGAGCGAUUUUGCUGACGCACUUUGCGCGCUACGGGAUAUCAGAUCCAAGAGCGAAGAGACUCUGGAGCGAUACAACGUCGCCAAGCAGACGUCGAAGCUGUCCGAUCGAAUAAGAUCGAGCAUUCCCACCGUCGAUCCCAGGAGAGGGUCGAAUUUUUUUGGAAACAAUUCGCCCCUCCGAGUCACCGAUAUCCGGAGUAAGAGUUCGGAAUUCGAUCGAUUCGAGGAGACAGCAGAAAUCGCCGAGGGUCUUCACAGACGGUUAGCGGGAUCGGUAAAAUCCAAAAGAGAGGAAGGGGGAGGGUCGAGUUCCGUUUCGCGGGAGGACGGACCGCCCGGAAGUAGCGAGUGGGAAAAGGGUCCGCGAAUAUUUGUAGAGUGCGCGGAGGACAAGGGCGAAAAAGAGGAGGCGAAUCCCCGAGGUGAGGGUAGACCGGCGUUAGCGGGUAGCAAGUUGAAAUUUUCGCCACCGCCAGAAGAUACGCCGUCUAUUCAGAGGUCACGACAACUUUGGAUUUGCGAUAACCUCGAGGUCUUCGAUAACGUCAACGAGCGGCGGCAGCGGCAGCAGCAGCAGCAGUCAACACGGGACAGUGUUGCGUGGCGCAUUCGACGGUCGACGAGUAACGCCGAGUCGGUAGAUAAAAUAAAAUGCAAACUUGCAAAUUUCACCAACUGUCCUCCUCUGCGACAACGCGGCAUUAGCGACAUUCCGGAUUCGCUUCUACUUUCCGCGGAAUCGUCGAACCCCGAGCACCGGGACGAUUUUCACUCCUCCGACAGCGACGAUCGAUCGUUGAGAAAUCACAUCGCACUCGCCGAAGGAGAAGAAGACGAUUUUCGAGAAGAAUCAUCCGCCGGCGACCCGCGUACCGCGUCUAAUUUCAAUCGAAACUUCCUCAAAAGCUACCGAUGCAGAAGCGCGUCCAACGACACCAUAGAUUGGAACGGUUGUCCACGCGGUACCAGUGAAUCCGGUGAUCCUCAUUCCGACGAUAAUCUCAUUGAUAUAUCGCUGAGUUCCCUCAACGAGAGCACCAAGGACAGCUCGAGUUCGGCGAUAUCGUUCGUCGCUAGAUACAAAAGCGAAGAACGAGCGGUGCGUUCGAGUGACGAUAAAACUACAGGCGAUACCGACAACGGUGAGGGGUGCAAAUCGGUGGCGAUCGAAAGUACGAGUUCCUCGGCCGUAAAAGAGCGCGAAAAAUACGAAAAACCGUCGUCUUCCGAGUGUUCCUCCGCAGAGAAUUCCAAGCGCGAAUCUAGCGGCCCAGAGAUAUUCCGCGGCCUACGAAAAUCGGCGAUCACCGACGCGACAAAAGUUCCUAAGCCAAAGGCUUCCAAAGAAUCGAUGAUGAAACUGGCGGUGAGGAUGAUCCGCCUCCGGGAGAGGCUGAUACUCGGACUGAGCGCGUUCGCGAUCCUGUUCACCCUGCUGUUGGUCGUCGACCUUCAGAUGGACCUCGGGUACAGCGGGCACCACCUCGUACCGAGUCACGGGCGGGUGAGGGUCGGCGACGACCCGGACCAGGACACCGUCUACAACAACUUCCGGCGGAAAUUCCUGCAGCGGCAGAACGGCAGCAGAGAAAUAUCGAGCUUCGACAUGGGCGGCGGGUCCUCCGUCAGGGGCGAGAAGACGGCCGACGGCAACCCCGCGAAAUACGUCAAAUCCGAGAAGCCCGAGGUACACGACGAUUUCGCGGAUCUCGCCGACCUCGUCGUCAACGGGUACGGCGUCAACGUCGACGAAGGCGUCGUCAGGCUCAGCGGGGAGGAUUACAGCUACAACCCAACCAUGGGAGAACUGAACCACAUCGGGUACAGAGAUAACUACACUCUCCUCGAACAGUUUCAAUUGGGAAUAACGAGGCUCGCUUUGUAUCCGAAAGACUCCAAACUGGUCGACGAACUACUCCGACAAAUGGUCACCAAGCCGGUCCGCCAUGUUGUACAAAAAGAGGGCGGCACGCAGAUAAAGUUGGUGAUCGAGUACACGGACAGGUCGCAAGCACUUUUUAAGCCAAUGAGAUUCCCGAGGGAACAGCAAACUCUGCCGAACCAUUUUUACUUCACGGACUUUGAACGACACACAGCAGAAAUCGCGGCCUUCCAUUUGGACAGGCUUUUGGGUUUUCGAAGAGCGAUGCCCGUGGUGGGCAGAGUUUUGAACGUCACCACCGAAAUCUACGAGGUUACGGACGGUGAACUUUUGAAAACAUUCUUCGUCAGCCCCGUUGGAAACCUGUGUUUCCACGGCAGGUGUUCAUACUAUUGCGAUACGGCUCACGCGGUUUGCGGGAGUCCCGAUUCCCUCGAAGGUAGCCUUGCGGCUUUUCUACCCCCGAACGACAUCGGGACCAGAAAAGUCUGGAGACAUCCUUGGCGCAGGAGCUACCACAAACGGAGGAAGGCCCAAUGGGAACAAGACUCGGAUUACUGUUCCAUGGUGAGGGAAAUUCCGCCUUACGACGAGGGUAGGAGACUGUUGGAUCUGGUGGACAUGUGCAUAUUCGACUUCAUGACCGGAAAUAUGGACAGGCAUCACUACGAAACUUUCAAGGUCUUCGGCAACGACACCUUCACGCUUCAUUUGGACCAUGGUCGUGGUUUCGGGAAGCCAUUCCACGACGAAACUUCUAUAUUGGCACCACUUUUGCAGUGCUGUGUAAUACGUCAGUCGACGCUUGGUAUGCUGCUAAAGUGGCAUAACGGGGGCGUUCGUUUGAGCGAAGCGAUACGAAAAAGUUUACUGUCCGAUCCGUUAACUCCAGUAUUAUGGGAACCUCAUUACGCAGCGUUAGACAGACGCGUUGGAAUCGUUCUUCAAGGCGUCAGAGAUUGCAUCGAUAAAAGUUCAAUCCCUGAUCAAGUCGUACAGGGGACACACUGACGAACAAUAUUCCGCCCUCCUCUAAAAUUAGAUUAAUCCUAAUUUAUAUGAACCAAUCGACAGCGAGAACAACGAUGUCGAAUCAAACAUCUCCGCGUAAUGCUUCCUGCAAAGGAGUAUACGAAGAGAAAAAGAGAGGCGCGGAUCGAACUGCAGUUUAUCGAUUAUAACCACCGAAUAAUAAAAAAAAAAAAUAAAAAGAAAUUAGUGUAACACUAUGAUACGCUAUAGAUAUAUAUGUCUUUAAUUUCACAUAAUUUAGAAUUUAAUCAAAACUUUUUCCAAAGAGGGGUUCAAUUUUAUACAACAAAUAAUAGUGUGCGAUACAAUAUAGAAUUAACCGUAGACGAGAAAAAAAGAAUCUACAUAGCGAGCGAGGAGUCGAUCGCAGUUUAUAAUUAUCCCGACCUAUAAUUAUGAAAAUAAUUGCUACGUGUGAUUGUCGAUAGAUAUAACUAUCCAGCUGAAAGUAAACUAAAGGAAAGAAGAGAGAAAAAACUAAGCGAAAUAAUAGUAACAAAAAACAUAAUUGGAACAUCGUGCGUGAGAUUGUACAAAUUGUAUAAUAUUGUAAAAAAACGAAAACGAAAAAAAGAGAAGAUAAAACAAUUAACUCUACAGUCGAAUUAUUCGAUUUAAGAUAACGGCGCCAUUUGUUUCAUUAAGGUAAAUAUAUACUAUACAUACACAUAUAAAUUUGUACAUGAUAAAUAUGUAUAUAAUGUGGGAAUCGUGCAAUUUUUAUGUAAAAUAUAUAAUUCAUAAGACAUAAUUGAUAUAACUGUGUAUAUUAAUGUAAGAUUAAUUAUGUACAGAUGAUGUGUAAAGAUCAGUUUACGGAUUUAUAUUAAUCAUAUAUAAUAAUUAUUUAAAUAUAUUUCUAUAUCCGUAUAGGGCAUGACAAUAUAUACGUCUAUAUAUAUUGUGCGGUAUAUAAUAUUAAGUAACAUACGUGAUAAUAGGUACGUAUGGAUAAUCAACAAUGUGUGAAUUAAUGAUGAUAAAAUUUUAGUUUUAUUUUUCUCUUUAUUUUUAUUUAUUUUUAUCAGAAUUUUAUUUUUGCCUCGCAUAAUAACGUGUGUAUUGAAUUUUGCAAAUGAAAAAGAAAAUCAUAAGUAAAUAAUCUGACACUUUGUCAACAACCUAUCGGUAUAUGUUAUAAGUCCAUUGAUCGAAGUUGGAUAAUUCAAAGGAAGAAAAAAACUAGCUAGUUAUAAUAAUUUUUCUAAUUAUCAAGAAAAUUGUAAAUAUCUCUGGGUAUAAUAACUGUAUAAUAUACAUACAGCUAAACGAUAAUUACUUCUGUGAGAAUUUGAUGGUGAAAAUCUUUGUGAAUAGGAAAAAUAUUCUUCGGGCAACCUGUAAAAUCUGUCUAUCCAUAAAUUUCGUACAAUAUUAUAAACUGCUGAUAAUUAAAGGAAAAAAAAAAAAAACCAACAAAAAUUACACGCAUAACAAUAUUGUAAUAUGAAAAAUAGGGACCUAGUAUUUAAGUUUUCACGAAGAAAAUAUUUGUCUUAUUUUUCUUUCGCCUAUCUUUUCCCUCAUCUUUUCUAUAACGAGAGAAAAUAUUAUUAAAAUUAAAAAAAAAAAAAAAAACGAAAAAAGUGAUUAAAAAAAAAGAAAGAAAAAAAAUGUUGUUAUUUUUGGACUGCUCAUAAGGCUGUACAUAAUCAUAUAUAAUGUUCUUACGCAAAUGAAUGAAAAAAGAGAAGAAAUAUUAUUAAAAAAAAAAAAAGAAAAUGAAUAAAUAAAUAAAAACGAGUAUAUUGAAAUAUAA